UUGGAGAUCUCUGAAGAAUCCGCUAUGUUUCAUGGCCUAUGAAUGGAGUACCUUUGUCGUAGAUUGGGUUCGGGCCUACUCUCACGGUUCCCCCUCAGGAUAGCCAAACCCCCACGGAGGCUUCCGACUUUGGCCGUGCAGCAACCUCAUCAUUGGAACUCCACGUCAACACCACUUAAGCCCUGUUUAGAUUCGCCUACUAUCAAACUCAGGGACUAUCAGGAAGAAUGCAUUCGGUCGGUUUUAGACCACGUACGUGAUGGCCAUAAGCGUCUGGGGGUCUCCCUAGCCACCGGCUCCGGGAAGACGGUCAUUUUUACUCAGCUUAUUGGGAGAAUCCCAGUACGAGAUAAAAUUGGGGAUAAGUCUCUGAUUAUUGUACAUCGCAGAGAGUUGGCCGAGCAGGCGUAUCGGCAUUGCCGUCUUGCAUAUCCUGACCGAACGGUUGAGAUUGAGAUGGGCAAUCGCAUAGCUUCAGGAGCUGGCGACAUCAUCAUUGCCUCCGUAAGGAGCUUGGCCUCUGGGGAUCGUAUUGCGAAAUUUGACCCGCAACGCUUCAAACUAGUCUUGGUGGACGAGGCACACCAUAUCGUCGCACCAACCUACCGGACAGCUCUCGAGCAUUUUGGGCUCAAUGAAAAAACUGCGGACUCGCCUAUUCUUGUUGGUCUCUCGGCGACAUUCUCACGCUUUGAUGGGCUUAAAAUAGGCGCAGCCAUUGAUCAUAUUGUAUACCAUAAAGACUACAUGGACAUGAUCAAUGAGAAAUGGCUUGCCAACGCCAUGUUCACCACCAUUAAAUCUGAAGCAAAUUUAUCACGGGUCAGGAAGGAUAGGUCCGGAGAUUUUGCCCUAGGGUCACUUUCUAAGGCUGUUAACACUACCAAAACCAAUGACAUAACCGUGCGCGCUUGGCUGGCCAACGCACCAGAACGAAAGUCUACUCUAGUGUUUUGUGUUGAUAUCGAGCAUACAAAGCAGCUGACUGACACAUUCCGCCAAUACGGCAUUGAUGCUCGAUACAUAACGGGCACAACUCCUAAAGGAGUAAGAGAUGAACAGUUAGAUGACUUCAGAGAGAGAAAGUAUCCGGUUCUUCUUAAUUGUGGGUUGUUUACAGAAGGAACCGAUAUACCCAAUGUUGACUGCGUACUACUCGCACGGCCAACCCGGUCGCGUAAUCUUCUUAUUCAGAUGAUUGGACGGGGGUUACGCCUAUAUCCUGGCAAGGAGAACUGCCAUGUCAUUGACAUGGUUGCUACGCUAGAUACUGGGGUAAUAUCCACGCCAACCCUAUUUGGACUACACCCCGAUGAGGUUUUGAAAGAAACAACUGCAAAAGACUUGGGGGAAAAGAAGCUCGCCCGGACAGACGAAGACUUUCAAUCAGAUGAAGUGACAUCUUCUCUCCAAGAGGAAUCCGAUAUCUCUGACGAAGUUAAACUCACAUUCACCAAAUAUGACACGAUUUAUGACCUUAUUCAAGACAUGAAAUCUGAGAAACACAUCCGCUCGUUUAGUCAUUAUGCUUGGGUCCGGGUUGGAGAGAACCGACAUCUUCUAUCAGAUAGAUCCGGGUGGUUGACCGUUGAGAAAAAAUCGCCUUCGGGUCAUAAUGGAACAUCAGCGUUAUUCACCGUCCAUCAUGUCAUGACAUUCAAAUCGGCAGGUGAAACUAAGCAGUUCACUCGUCCACGUCUGAUUGCCAGCGCUAACGACCUGGAGACUGCUGUUCGUGCAGCAGAUACCUUUGCAGCGUCUCAUUUUGAUGAACACUACAUUUCUACCCGGCAAGCCUGGCGAAACUACAGGGCAUCGCAAUCACAAGUCCAGUUUCUAAAUGCAGCCAAAAUCCGACAAGGAUCAAUUCAGCCAGCCGACCUCACGCGUGGCCAGGCUGCGGAUCUGAUAACGAAGUUGAGAUUCGGUUCUAAGAAACGAUUUGCGACGAAACGCGCGCAGCGCGCGAAACAGGAGGAAAAGAUACGCGACAUACAAGAGUUACAGAAAAGAGGUGAAGUGAGGGUAGGGCCUGUCGAGGUUUAGUUCUUGAUGAGCCACACGAAUUGUCCUCUUGAGGUUGCAGCCUGGCUGGCCUAAGAACACAUUACUUGAAAAUGUAUUUUUAUUUCCUAUGUACAGUACAAUGGUUGGUGGGGGGGGAUAUCUGUAUAUUACAAAACGCAUCAAUCAACAUCAUCCUCAGCAUCCGGCACAUUUAGAGCCGUUAAUGG